UAUAAAUGUAUGUAAAAUUAUUAAGGUACAAGAUAUCACGUUCAUAAUUUUUAUUCAAACACGUAAUCGGAGCACUCGUAAAAACAUUUGUAAAAUGUCGUUAAAAUGGAAUGAGGGAUUAGUAAUUAGUUUCUUGAAGACGUACAAGCAACAUCCGUGCCUUUGGAAUCCUUAUCACAGGAACUACUACAAUUGCCACGAAAAGAAUGCAGCUUUACGAAAAAUUAUCGACGCUCUCGAUAUACCCGGCUUUACUGUAAACGACUAUUUGCAACAAAUCAAGAUCAUAAGAGAAAAAUACAAGCAGGAGCAAGCACGGACAAUAAAAUGCAUACAAUCGCAGAAACAUUACAAAUCUCCCUUUCCAUGGUACAAUAUAGUGGCAGAAAUGUUGAUGGAAGUCAUCAAUGAAGAAGAAAGAGCAAACUCAGGAAUUGAAAAUUAUAAUACACCUUUAGUUCUCAAAUCCUUAAGUAGUGAUAAUAUAAAGGGUUCACAAAGUAAAGAAAAAACUAAGACAGAAACAAAAACUGUCAGACUUGACCCAUGUACCGAUGCAACAUGUGAUGGAAUAAUUAGAAGAAGCAAAUCUAUGGAAAAAUCUAUUCGUGGAAAACAUCGUGGAUCAACGACUAACAAAAAUGAUGGAUAUCAAUCGAAUGUACGAAUCAGAUACAUUCCUUGUUCGCAAUUUAAAAAAGAAAAUAACACUUUAAGAGAUAAGAAAGAGAUUACAUUAUUAAAUGAUAAAUCAAUCAAAGAUACUGAUCCUGCAGUAAAUGAAAGUGACAAAUGUUAUGAGCCAGGAUUUCUACGGUGUCCAGUUUGUGGUUGGGAAUCUGCAAAUGAUGAUCAAUGUGUAAGAAAUGUGGAAAAGCCUAUGGAUACACAGAAGAAUUUUAUACCUUGCGCUAGUUAUAGUAAGGACCCUACUGGUAAAACAUACAUGAUAUGUACUGAAUGUAAUCAAGUAACACGGGAUGAUGUAUCGUACGAAUCCGAAUACAUGAAAAAAUAUGUGAAUAAUUCUGGAGACUUCGAGCUUCUUCAAGAUCUAUCGAAACAAGUACCAUGUCCCACUCUAACUAAUAGAUUUACUGAAACAGAAUUAACCAGGCCACCUGUUGAACUUGUCGCAAAAACUAAAAGAGUAGUAGAUAUAGGAGUACAGUGCGAGGAGACGACUGAAAGGCUUUCAAAAAUUGGCACUUCUGUGAGUGUACCUACUCAAACGCAAAUCUUUAAAUUAGAUCCUGUUUCAGCAAAUAAAUUCCAAGGUAACAUGAUAGAAGCUUGCUUGAAAAUUAUGUUAUCAGGGUCUCAAGGAAACACAAAGGAAAAUGCUACAUCACCUGUUCUUCAAAGUAUUCAAGUAGAUCAAUGCAUUCGACCAGAAUCAAAAUCAAAGGAAACACAAUUUCCCCCUAAAGAUACUAUUGAUAAAACCAGAACAAAUGAAUCGGAAAUUAACGCUGUAAAUUACGCUGAUAUAGGAAUACAAAAUACAAUUUGCAAAUGUGAUGAAAGAACGCGGUGCAUUUCUCUUCAGACUGACGAGAAAGAAAACAGUAGAGACAAUAAAAGCAUGAUUUAUCAAACAAGAUCGAAGGGAAUAUCUGUGAAUAUGAUAGAUAAAGUAACAAGAGGGAUUCAAAGCACUAUUUGCGUAUCCCGUGGCGAUCUAUUUUCUAAUAGAUCAUCUGAUAGGACAGAAAUUGGAACUAAUACUACUUCUGCAUAUCAAGUUUGUAGCGUAGCCUGUGUGACUACGGAAAAUGUUAUGCAACUUUGUUCAAAGGCUGUUCCAUGUAUUUUGGAUAAGAAAAAUAUUCCUGUUACUCGGGCAAAGUCUGCUGGAUCUAUAAAUUAUUGUGUACAACAUACUGAUUUGAGAAAAUCAACGGAAACAGGAACACAGGAAUACACGGAACCGUGUAGAGUAGAUACAUGUCCACGCAACCCAAUGCAUCUCAUCAAGAAAGAUUCCACAAUAGCAUUACUGUUACAACAACUUCUGUGCAACAUUCUAAUUUCUAAAUAUGAACAAAAUACAUGCCGUAUUAAAUCAUCAUCGUCGAAUACGCAAACCGAUGGAAGAUGUACAAUCGAUGUGUCGGAAAUAUUAAACAAAAUUAGAGAAGAUACGAUUAGAAUAUUAGGAUUAGAUGUUGGCGUUGCUACUAAAAACGAAGCGAACGAAUUUUACCAAAAAUUUAAUGCGAACACACCCUCUCAAGAAACGAAAGAAAAAACAGUUUCUACGAAUACUGAAUCUCCUACUUUUUAUGCAAGUACAUUAACAAUGACUAAUGAUAACGAUUCGAAGUUAAUGUCCAAAUCAACGAUUACUAAACAAGACGAAACACAACAAGUUUCCAACUACAAUAUACAGUUAACAAAAGAAACGAAUACAAAAUUUUCAAACGUCGAUAAAGAAAUUCUCGUCUUGCCAAACAGUAAAGAUAUAAAUGGAUCGUUGACGCAGUUACUCGCACGCGAUGUGAAUGAACAAACUGUACAGAAUAAGAUAAGCGUGGGUACCCAGAAACGAGAUCCCAUAUUGGUCCGCUUAAUAAAAUGUAGCGAAAAUCAAGGAAUUGUGAAAUCAGAUAAAGAAACGUUGACUACGUGUCCUGGUAUAGAUGUUUCUGUUGAUAAACGUGCAGAAACCUGUGGUCGAUCAACUUGUACUUCAUAUGUCAUAAACCGAAAAAAACGCGAAAAUUUGAUGGAUAAUGAUUACUGCAAACGAUCAGUUAUGUUUAACAAUUACAUAUGUGAUCAAAAUUGUAAGGAUAAAGCAAACAGUAAUUGGACAGACGUGGCAAACGUAGAUGUAUGUUUUAAUAAAUCGACCUCUAAAAUUCCCUUGGGUAUAAAAUCACAUAAAUGUGCAAUAAACAGGAGAUGGUAAAUUAUAUAGUAAUAGAGAAAACUUCGUUUUAUUACAUGAAAAUGUAUAACGUUUCGUCAAAUGGAAUAUUAUAUGAAAAUUACAUUAUUUAAUUUUCAUAGUAAAUUAUGUUCAUAUCGUUAAAUCGAAGGCAAAUAUUUGAUACAUAUAUGUGGUAGGUUCUAACCGACGGUAUGUCAUUGUAAUAAAAUAGUAUAAAAGAGGUGUAAUUUCCCUCGUUGAUUAUGUUUUGUAUUAUCAUUGUUAAAAAUUGUAUAAACACUUGAAUAUCUCUUUGCACUGAAUUGUUGUUAAUCU